AUGUUAUGUCUGUUUUUAAUAACAACAAAAAUUCAUGCUGCGACAUCAUGUGGUAGUGGGAAUUACAUUUCUGGAUCAUCUUGUUCUCGAUGUCAAGCAGGAACUUAUUCCUCAGAUGGAAAAACAACGUCAUGCACCUUUUGUCCUGCUGGAACUUAUUCAAGCACUGGUGCUUCGUCAUGUACAAAGUGUUCUUCUGGAUUUUUUGCGUCAAGCUCUGGAUCCGCUUCAUGUUCACAAUGUUCUUCGGGUACUUAUAGUUCUUUUUCUGGGUCUACCUCUUGUUUAACUUGUGCCGCGGGGACGUAUUCUGCUUCGGGAUCUUCUUCGUGCUCAAUAUGUAAUGCUGGAACUUAUUCUAAUAAUAAAUCUAUGACAUGCACAGUGUGUCACUCGGGGUAUUUUUCAACAAAAGGAUCUUCUACAUGCACAAAAUGUGAUGCAGGGACUUACUCAUCGUUAUCAGGAGCAUCUGUGUGCUCUAGUUGUCCAGCUGGAUAUUAUUCCAAUUCUGGAUCAUCGGGUUGUACACGAUGUAAAGCUGGAACAUAUUCGAGCAGUAAAAGUGCUUAUUGUUAUGAUUGUUUGGCUGGAACUUAUGCAGACGAAAUAGGAAGUUCAACGUGUAAAUUGUGUGCAGAUGGUUUUUAUUCUCUGGCUGGAUAUUCGAAGUGUAUUCAAUGCUUUUCGAUUAGUUGUGGAGUGUGUUCAAAAACGACAGGGGAGUGCACUUCAUGUAAUGUUGGCUAUUCGUACGAUUCGUCAAAUAAAAACUGUUCGAUAUGUCCUGCAUCGUAUUAUUCGAGUGGCGGAACUUCAUUGUGUUCAAAGUGUGCGAAUGGGUAUUACUCACUCGGUGGUUCAGGUGGGUGUACAACGUGUUCCGCUAGUUGCAAAACAUGUGACCAAACAAAUGGAAAUUGUUUGUCUUGUUAUGACGGUUAUAUUCUGGAUAAUGGUAAAUGUGAAAUUUGCCCAGCUGGAACUUACCAAAGUGGCAGAAUUUGUGUAAUGUGUCCAGACAUGCAAUACUCGUUUGCAGGAAGCACAAUGUGUAAAAGUUGCAGUUCAACUUGUCUGAGUUGUGAUGAUACGAAUGGGUAUUGCACGUCAUGUG